AUGCCGGCUGAGCUCCCCACAUCUUCCUUGAGUGGAUUUUUUAAGCCGCCAUUUCUCAUUCUGCUCACAAAUAAUGGUCUACUUUCGAAGCAGGAUGACGUAUUCCGAGUGAACUGUGUCGACUGUCUGGAUCGAACCAACCUCGUGCAGAGCGUCUUCGGCAGUCUCGUAAUUGAAACGCAGUUGCGAAAGUUGGGCCUGUUGUCAAUUGACGAGGAUCUGCCCCUCAUGUUCCAUCGCAUGUUGCAGGGCCUGUGGGCAAACAAUGGUGAUGCGUUGAGUCGGCAGUACACUGGCACGGUGGCUAUGAAGGGCGAUUUCACACGCACGGGGGCGCGCACAAUGAACGGUCUCAUGCGGGAUGGGGUCUCCUCCGUUAACCGAUAUUAUCACCGGUUCGGCGAAAUACGGCGGCAGGCCGCCAUCGACUUUAUUCUCGGCCACACUACCAGCCCAGAGUUGAAUUUCAUACAGAGUUGUUCCCUGCCCGAAGCGCUUGCGCCUACUGUAAGUGAGUUUGAUUAA